AUGUCCGUCCGCCGCCAAUCCCUCUCUGGUCCCAUGGCCGUCGAUCAUAUCGACCGCGUCGACUCACGGCAACCUUCCACCUCCUCAACGGCCUCCACUUCACGCGACGCAACCACAGCGGCACGUCAUCGGAUCCAGCAAGUUACCCACCACAUCUCCAACAAGCUCCCUUCCACACUACGAGGUACCAUGUCCACACAAGAAUUCAAACAGGCUCCGCACAAGCUGCUCGUCAUUCCAGGACCCAUCGAGGUCGCUGAUGAUGUGCUCUUGGCCAAUGCUCACCCUGCCAUGUCGCACGUCUCGCCCGAGUUCAUCCCCGUCUUUGGCGACUGCAUUCGCAUGCUCCGCGAGGUGCUCUUUGCGCCCAACUCGCAGCCCGUCUUGACCGCCGGCUCCGGUACGCUCGGAUGGGACCACGUCGCCGCCAACGUCGUCCAGCCCGGCGAGGACGUGCUCGUGCUCAACUCGGGCUACUUCGGUGACAGCUUCGCCGACUGCUUCGAGACCUACGGCGCCAAGGUCGACCAAAUCAAGGCGCCCAUCGGCUCCAAGCCCUCGCUUUCCGAGGUUGAGGAGGCGCUCAACAAGAAGAAGUACAAGGUCGUCACCUUCACCCACGUCGACACCUCCACCGGCGUUCUCAGCGAUGCCAAGGGUCUCGGUGAGCUCGUCAAGCGUGUCAGCCCCGAGUCCAUCUUGGUGCUCGACGGUGUCUGCAGUGUCGGCAGUGAGGAGAUCCGCAUGGAGGAGUGGGGCAUCGACAUUGUGCUCACCGCUACGCAGAAGGGUCUCGGCUGCCCUCCUGGUCUCAUGGUGCUCGCUGCCAGCAAGAAGGCCAUCGCCGCUUUCGAGAAGCGAACCGUGCCUCCCAACAGCUACUUUGCUUCGUGGUCCAGGUGGCUGCCCGUCAUGAAGGCAUAUGAGGCCGGCACCGGCGCUUACUUUGCCACGCCUCCCACCAACCUCAUCUACGCGCUCCACGCCAGCUUGACCACCAUCACCAAGGGCUCGCCUUCCAUCGAGGACCGAUUCAAGCAGCACGUCGCCGCUUCCGACCGCGUCAAGGACUUUAUCGAGGGGCUUGGACUCAAGCAACUCGUCGCUGAUGGCAAGAAGGAUGGCGCGCACGGCAUGACGGCGGUCCGCUACCCUCAGGGCCUGAAGGCGACCGACCUGCUGCCCAAGCUGGUGGCUAAGAACAUUGUCGUGGCUGCCGGUCUGCACAAGCAGGUCAAGGACGAGUACUUCCGCAUCGGCCACAUGGGCGUUACCGUCAUCAACGACAAGGAGCGAGGUGACAUUGACCACUUGCUCACGAGCAUCAAGGAGUCGCUCGCCGAGGCUGGCUACAAGCCCUAG